AUGCGUCUCGAUUCUCGAUUCGGCCACUCACCGCUAGGCCUCGAAAACGGCAACUUGGCCCAGAGCAAGGCUCCACCGCUGCCAUGGACUCGACUGUUGGUGUUUGGCCUGGGCUCGCGCCUCGCCAACCCUCGCUUCGUCUUCAGCCUGGCUGCGCUCGCCGUCCUGGCUGCCAAAGUGAUCCAUAUCAGCAGUCAUCUGUCGGCUUUGCCUACAGUUCACCUGGUGCGAUGGGGGUAUUCCUUUUUCGCCCAGGACAUGCUCUUGCUGAUUCUCCUGCGGCUGCUUCUGGGGGGUUGGCUCGCUUCCCCCGCCCGCGGCGAAGGCUUGCUGCGACGCACGGCGUCCCUUGCGGGUUGGUUCCUUGUAGUUUUUGUCACUGGCCUGAAUGUCAUCGACGUUUGCUUCUUUGCCGUGGCUGGUGCCGAGAUCCAUUGGCAAAACAUCGGGGUUGCGGGUGAUGCCGCGGGUCGCGCUCUCCUCCUAACGGGUCUCGUCUCCUCGGCACUGGUCAUCGGUGUUCUGGCUCUUCUGGCCUGGCUUCUCAAGGACGUUCUGUUCGUCGCCGUAGGUCUACAGGCGGAUAUCCUGUGCUGGCCUCUGGCGGUUGUCGCACGUGGUCGUCACCUCUGCAGUUCCCGGCCCCAGCCACCCCAAACCGCGACGUACUUCAAGAUCCCGCAGCAGGAUGCCAAGUACCAUCCCGAGGUGGAGGACGAUCACGUGCGACAGGGGUUCAACCUCUCCGGAGGCUGGGAGGGUGUGAAGGACUGGCCCUGGGUAUGGAUCUUUUGGGUCGCCGCGUACCUUGUGGCCGGUGUUGCGCUGCUCGCCCAGGUUAUCCUAUGCGCCCUCCGUCCCCACGAGAGCUCUCUGACCUUUAUGUCAUGGACUCCAGCGCUGCUUCCCUUCAUUGACUUCAAGAACUCGUCUCCGAGUCUCGAAAAGCUCAUUCCUCACUACAACUCGGGAAUCAACCGCCAUUGGGAUAACCGAACGGCUCUCCAAGACCCGAUCCCCUUCCCCUGGCUGCCAAAGGAUUCCAUCCCCCAUGGCUUCGAGGAUUGGUACAACAACAAAUCACACUACAAUGCCGCCGCCGACCCCCUGAGGAUUUCGAACCUGGACAACGAUUUGCUUCCUCAACUGCGCAAGCUGAAGGAUGUACCGAUACGCCACAUCGUCACUAUCGUACUUGAGAGCACGCGCAAAGACGUUUUCCCCAUCAAAGACGACGGGAUCAACGAAGCCCGCCUGAAAGAGUCCUGGGAUGAUGGCAAGAUGCCUCAAGACGCACUUGAGCGACUCAGGACCUUGACGCCGGUGGCCAGCUUCCUGACGGGUGACCACGACGACGGGUUUGACCAUCAGGGAAAGGAGGAGAAGAGCAGGGGCGGUCUUAGCUGCAACGACGCAUACACAACUUCGACGUACACCCUCAAGAGCCUCGUGGGCAUCCUCUGCGGCAUCACGCCCCUGGUGGCCGACUUCAACCUCGAGUAUCAGCACCACAUCUACCAGCCGUGCUUACCACACAUUUUCGAGGCCCUCGAUACCCUCGACAAAGGCGAUGCACCUGGCUUUGCCUCGUACAAGUGGAAGUCGUCGUUCAUGCAAUCCGUCACAUUGAACUUUGACAACUUUGGUGAAUUGAUGAAGAAGAUCGGAUUCCCCGCGGACAACCUCAUAGACAGUGUGUACCUGAGGAGCAAGUCAGCCAAGUUUGGCCCGGUCGACCUGAAGAACGUUAACUACUUCGGCAUGGAGGAGACCCCUCUCGAAGACUACAUCCGAGAUCAGUUCAAAUCGGCCAGGCAGUUCAACGAGCGGGUGUUUCUCACGCACGUCACGAGCACAAGCCACCACCCGUACGGGAUGCCCGAAGGCGAGAAAUAUGUACCGCUGGGGAGGGGCCUGGACGACCUCUCACACUACAUCAACGCCAUUGGGUACGACGAUCGCUGGCUCGGCAAGAUACUCAACACGCUAGAUGAGCUCGACGUGGCGAACGAGACACUUGUGGUGUUGGUGGGAGAUCACGGCUUAUCGAUCCCGGAGAACGACAUCCUAGCAUCGUACUACAACCCGAACGUCGGAAGCAACCACGUCCCCUUGGUCUUCUCCCAUCCCAGGCUGCCCCCCAUCACCAUCGACGAUGCCGUCUCGUCUCAGCAGAUCCUCCCGACGGUGCUGGACCUCCUCAUCGAGACGGGCUCGUUGGCAAGGCCGGCCAGCCAUGCCGCGAGAGACCUUCUUGAGAACUACGAGGGGCAGUCGCUCAUCCGGCCUGUGCACAAAUCUCGGUCGGGAAACGCGGGCCGGGACAUCACCCAGCCGCCCACGCCCACGUCCGCCGCCCACGCCGACGCCGUGCCGCUCGAAGUCGGGAACUGGCAGUUCACCAUCAUCAACCCGGGCCGCGCGAUGCUGGGCAUCCGCGACGCGCGCCGCAGGUCCUGGAGGCUGGUCGUCCCCGUCGUGGACAACGUCGAGUGGCACUUCACGGACGUCGCGACGGACCCGCGCGAGGCGGACCCCGUGCUCGGGUUCGACUUCGCCGCGUUUCUCGCCAAGGUCGAGCAGGUCCACGGCGAGGACGCCGCGCGGUGGGCCGAGGAAGCGGCGUUCGUGGCGCGGUGGUGGGUUGAGGAGAACAGCAGGCGAUGGCGCUACGGACCAUACGCGGCUUACUGA